GUUCUUGAGGCCUGGUCGCAUGGUUUACCCACAUGGUCAAAAUGGCGGAAAUUCUAACAUAAAUUUCUAACGUUUUACAGAAUAUCGCAAAAAAAAAGUGUUAUAGUAUGGAGGAGAAGAAGUCGAAGAAAAAGUACAAGAGUAGUCUGGAUGAGGAUACGUUAGGCUACUUCAAAAGGGUCGAAAGUGUCAUCGAGGAAGACGAUUUUGACGACGAGGAAUCAAAAACUUUAUUUGUCGAAAAUGUUUUUACUCAAGUUGAGGGCAACGAACUCGAGCUCUGCUGUGAUCAGGGAAUGAGUAGAGUUAUGGAGAGACUUUUGCGCUUUUUUACAGAUACACAAAUAAAGACGAUAUGGCAAAGCCUUACCCCAAACUACAAAACUGUCACAAAUGAUAAAUUUGGUAGCCAUGUGAUCCAACACUUAGUCAACAGUGUACCAAAUAUGAUUAGAACUGAGCGAACUAAAGUCAGGGAGGUCAACAAAGGAGACGAAAAUGUUAGUACUAUGGAAGAGCUGUUUUUAUCAUAUUGUAGUGUGAUCAGUAAAGACUUGGAGGAACUAAUGAGUAGUACUUAUGGCAGCCAUGUGGUACGCGCUGUUUUUGAGGUGUUGGGAGGUGUGAAGGUUGCUGCAUCUGUGCAACGCAGCAGAAUGUCUAAGGGGAUCAGAGCGGACCGUUAUGGUCUGGAGGCUAGCCAGAAGUUUGGGAAAGUUAAAACAGUUGGGCAAGCUUUUGGAGCUUCUCAAACGAUUACACCAUCACAGACCAUGGCAGUGCCAGACACUUUUAUCCCGGUAUUAAAAACCAUGGCUUCAGUGGUCUUGAAUAUGGACAUGGAAGCUCAAGUGUUUCACCCUGUUUGCUGUCCUGUCAUACAGACCUUGCUAUUAGUGCUUCACCAGAAAGAUGAGAAACUCUGUUCAAAGCUUGCAAAAAAGAUAAUGAAGCAGUCUUGUGUGUUUGAUAAGAAGAAAAAGAAGGAGAAAAAGGAAGAAAAAAGUGAAAGCGGUGACGAAGAUAAUGACAAUGCAAGCGUUUCAAGCUAUAAAGUUCCACCAAUACUAUCCCAUGAGGUCUCAAGUCAUCUGAUGGAAAAGCUUCUACAUACUGCCCCUCCAAAGCUGUACAAAAAGCUGUACAAGACAUUUUUCAAGUCACACCUUGUAACACUCGCUCAACACCCUACAUGCAACUUCCUGGUGCAGCACCUGUUGGCAAGCACUACAGACCCUGAUCUGGGAGAGGAGAUUCUUGAGGAACUGUUACCAGAAAUAGAAGACCUCCUAGCUGCAGGGCAUGAUGGGGUCAUAGCUAGGAUGGCUGAGUCUUGUGUGCGGCUUGGUAUACAUCAGGACAGAAUGUGUGAUGCCAUUUUCACGGCCUUCCACUGCACCGGUGCCGAAGAGAAACAAGACUGUGCCACCCUAAUUCUCACCGUCACAACACAUGAUGUUUUCUACGAUGUUGAGGAAAGUGUGGAAGACAAUGAGAAAAAAGAUGAGAAACAUGAUGAGCAGAAAGAUACUAAAGAGGUAAAGCAGAAGCCCUGUCUGGAGCGUGUGAACUUCCAUGGAGCAGUGUUGAUGAAGGCAUUGCUAGAUUUUGAGCAUGUUGCUGUGUUUGCUGACAGUCUCUUACAUCUGAGCCAAGAUGAGCUGGUCCUUGUAUCUUGCAAUGCCAUGGGGUCCCAUGUCAUUGAGGCGUACAUGAAGAGCAAGACUAUCGGGGAGAAAAGGAAACAUAAGAUGAUCAAUAAACUAAGGGGCGUCUUUGCUAAGUUUGCUGGAGACAAGCAAGCAAGCCAUGUGGUGGAGACCUGUUGGCGUGAAGCUGACAUGCGACACAGAGCUUACAUCACUCAAGAACUAGUGGACGCAGAACACUCACUUAUGAAAGACUUCUACGGCAGGAAGGUACUAAAAACUUGUGGUGUUGACGCUUCCAAAGUAAAGAAAUCUGGAAUGGGUGAGGAUUUAGAUCUUGGUGUACGCAAACGGAAGAUGCUUAAUGAGAUUCUUGAUGACACCAAGGCCGUGCACAAACGAAAGUCUCCUGCCAGCAAGACAGAUAAUGGCUCAGCCAAGUAUUCGGUGGAAAUGGCCAUAUUAGGGUUCAACGCCAAAGACGAAGAAAGGCAAAACAAUAAGGAAAAGAAAGAAAACAAAGAGAAGAAACGAGUAGAGAAGCGAAAGCCAAGUAACAUGGAUGAGAUUGAUUUAAUUUUCAGUAGAAAGUCUGCUGGGAAGAAGGGAAGAAUAGGGGUUGAGAAAUAUUCCAAAAACCCUGCGGAUGAAAUCCCUGAACAAUCGAACUCUGAACAAAGCAAGAAAAAGAAAAGGGGAACUCAAGGAAUUUAGAUGAUUCGCUAGACAUAAUAGAAAAGCGGAUUUUUUUGCUUUCACAAUGACAAUGUUCUGAUAUAAACCUAAUUAUAGGUAACUGGGUACGAAUAAUCAUGUUUACAACUUUUGUUGGAUCGUCUCAUUCAUUUUUAGAAUUUUAGAGAGCUAUUUUGCCCUUUGGCCGCUUGCUAACGUUGUCUAAGCUCAAAUUUGAUAUUCUGACAUCAACCCAUCAUUAGUCCGAAUUUUGGCACGUGACGUUAGUCCUGUGCUCAUUGGUCGUUUUUAAGCCAGUGAGAUUACUGAAGGAGGGAAUGUUAACUAUUAUAUCAGCAUUAAAGCUUUCAUUUAUUUACUAAAUCACAUCUAGAAGAGAUUGAUAUUUCAAGGCGUUUAGAAUAUUUGUGGACAUGGAGUUUGGCACUACGUUACAUCUAGAUUGGUUAUAGCAAAAUACUUAAGUUUUUUUAUCGUUCCUAAAUGUCACAAAAGAAUUUUGUCCUACAAUCCAUCAUUGUCGUCUAAUAGAUAUUGACUAUAAAUCCUUUUUGUGUUAUAA